AUGGACACAGAUAAACACUUAAUAGAGCAGUUUGGGCCAGAAGCAAAAGAACCAAUUGUUUUAGAUGCUUUAAAAAAUCUUUCCAAUGUUCAUGCCUUACCACCAGAUGAAUUAUUUAUCAAAUGGGAACAAUUUUCAUACCAGAGACAUGAACAACAUACUACCUUAAAUUCAGAAAAUGUUGAGGCUUUUAAGGAGUUUUUACAAGUACAAAUUGAAAAAAAGGCAGCACAAACUUCACAAACGACAAAUUUGGGAUCCAAUAAGAAAAAAGUAAGAAAUGUAAAGAACCUAGGAUCAAGCCCUUCUGUAUUUGGAUUUAGUUUACCAAACACCCCUUCUUUAAAAAAGAGAAAAUUAAACGCCAAUCAUCUUUUAAGCUCAGCUAAUGGGGGUGGAUCAAAAUUGGCAUUUGAAACUGGAGAUCUAACAACUGAUAUUAACAAUUCUGAGACAGAAAUGAUGUACACGCCAAGCAUGGAUUCUAAAUUUGGAACAUCUACGAUGCCCUCAACAGCCGAUAGUGCCCUCAACACGCCAUCUAAUAAUUGUGUUUCAGGAAAAGUGUUGGACUCACUAAAUCCUGAAAAUAUUGAAAUUGCAGAAGGAAUGGAAUUUGACACUGAAGAGAAAAUAUCUGUUUUACCGUAUUAUGAACCAAAGAAAUAUAGAUUUAGAACCAUGAGACAAAAUCUAGUAGAAUCUGCAGAUUAUUUAGACGACCAAAUCGAAAGCUUUGUUCCUAUUGUUCAAGAGCAUUACCAACUUUCAAAGGAUGAUUUUGGUGACCCAACUAUUCAAUCUCAGUCGGAAAUAUAUGCUGUUGGUAGAAUUGUGCCAGACUCUCCAACUACUGAAGGAUUUCUGAAUCCAGAAUCGCUAGCCUUAGAAACAUCUAGAAUAUCAGGUAUUGGCCGUAGAAUAAGUUUAAACCUUACAGAAGUAAAUGACUUUUCAUUGUUUUGUGGACAAAUCGUUGCAUUAAAAGGUAAAAAUGUUAGUGGUGAUUACUUCUUAGUGACAGAAAUACUUUCUUUACCUUAUCCUAAUUCACCUGUAUCUACUACAGAAGAUAUUCAAAAGCUUUAUAAUGGAAAAACUGAUAGAACUUCUAAAAUCAUUGUAACCAGUGGUCCUUAUACUCCAGCAACUUCCUUUGAUUUAACAUAUUUGGCAGAAUUCGUUGAUAAAGUAAACACUUCUAUUAAACCACAUGCUAUUGUUAUGUUUGGUCCAUUUAUAGAUGUGACAAAUCCAUUAAUUGCCUCAGGAAAUUUACCUAAUUUCCCCAACGUUAAAGUUCAACCUAAAACUUUGGAUGAAGUUUUUUCAAAAGUAAUUGCCCCAAUACUUUCACAGAUAAAUUCAAAAAUUCAAGUAGUCCUUAUCCCAUCGACAAGAGAUGCCUUAACCAAACAUGCUGCAUAUCCACAAGAUUCCUUUAAUAGAAACAUAUUACAAUUACCAAAGAACUUUAAAUGCUUUGCUAAUCCUGCAACUUUUCAAAUAAACGAAUCCUUUUUUGGAUGCUCAAAUGUUGAUGUGUUUAAAGAUAUGAAGGAAGUUACAAAAGGUGGUACAAUCACGUUGAGAAAUAGAUUUGAUAGAAUAUCUGAACAUGUUUUAAAUCAACGCAGAUUUUAUCCAGUAUUCCCGGGAGGAAUAAAAAAGAAACUAAUAUCUUCAUCUGAUUCAAAGGAUAAGAAGAUAUACGAACACUUAAGCGGUGCUGAUCUUGAAGUAGCAUAUUUAGGGUUGACAGAGUUCGUUAGCUCCUUUACACCUGACGUUAUGAUAAUACCCAGUGAACUUCAGCAGUUUGCAAGAGUUAUUCAAAAUGUUAUUGUAAUAAAUCCGGGUGUAUUUGUAAAAGCUACUGGUGUCAGAGGCUCAUAUGCUCAACUUUCAAUUUUACCAGCUAAUAUUGAUGACGGUAAAUUAACAAAAGUGGAAAGUCCUGAUGGUGAAGUUUAUUUACAUAAUGUAUGGAAACGUGCUAGAGUAGAUUUAAUAACUAUAUAA